AUGUCCUGUAAACCCGUCGGUUUACAACUCCUCAAGUCCCCACCGCCACCGUCUUCGCCGUCCUUCUUGCCUUCGAUUGAAUUUUCCGCGCCUCAAGCACGAAGGUACGUCAAAAACAUGCGUGGGGCCUUGACGUUUCUUCGGAUCGUACAAGGACGCCUGGACCUUGGCUUGUCACACAGGACUGGAUCACGCGCGCUUGUUGGUCAGGUUGUGGACAGAGGUAAGGGUCCGCAACUCAUCCCCAGAUCCUGUCGUCUGAUUGGCCAGAACCAAAGCUGGCUUCCUAUGAGGGAGGUACACGUUGGGUCUUUGUGCGCUCUUCUGGUUGCCCGUGGGUCCGUUGGCCCUUCCUUGUCUGGAAGUCCAGGUAGUGUCGGUAUCAGCGCUGCCAUCAUACCAGCCACCUUACCCAUCCACCCAUCCUUCUUGCUUUUGACCAUGCCGCGCUUCAACAAACAUACUCCCGGCCCUAGGGCCUCAAAUCCGUACCCUCUCCGUUCCAGGGUGAACCACCCGAUCCCUUCUAGUCCUUUAGAGAGAGGUCGAGUCCUGGGCUCGCCUAUUCACUUGGACUCUCGAGAGUCCUCACGACCUCCGAUUCUGAACGCCUUGCCAAUAGCGCCGCCAUCGUCAGUCAGGGGCCAUCCAGCUGGUUCCCCCAUCGAGAUCGACUCUCAAGUGUCUGCCCGGCCCCGGUUGGCCAAUCCGAGCACGAUCGCGCGGCCGGUUUCUCCCAAGGCCACCCAAGCCUUUAGAGCACAACGGGUGCCUCCUGCAUUGUCCCACUCCGCUCCUGGACCCGAAUCCGCCGCUUCUGCCUUAGGAUACUCCCAAGUGGCGUCGUCCGGCUUCGAACAGCCGAGGUUCCUCGGGCUCUCCGGUGGCUCGUCGUCCUUUCAAGGUGGCCAGCUCAUCGUUGAAUCACUUAUCCUUCUGAGUUCCAACUGCGCUAUCAUUGACGAGCCCUGGACGCUACUGCCGGCUCCACGUCCUCGGAACUUGAGCACACCCAGUGAUAUUUGCUCCGCUGUCGACGUUGACCGCUCCACUUCGACUUCGGUUUCACAAGACGAAUCUGAAGCCUCAGACGAGAACCAUUCUGAGUCCUCCUCUAAUCAGUACACCGCUUCCAGCAAUCAGUCCUAUCCUUUUGCGCGCCAGCCUCGAGUCGCCUCGCCUGAUCCUCCGGGAUUCUAUGACGCCGAUGAGUUUCAUCUCCUGAGGGAUCACCAGAUCGAUUCCCUCCUCAGUCGUCGAGCUGAUCCAGCCAGAUUUGAUCAGUAUGCCUUCUGUCCUUGUGAAUUUACGGCUUUUUAUCAGUUGGCCGCUAGUAGCUUCGUGGCUUAUUGUAACGCGGAGCGCCCUUCCUGUCCUCGCGAUCAGGCUCAUCGAGUGAGCCACUUUAAGUUCCUUAAUCGGAGUUACAUGUCGCUUAGGCGUCACUUCCGUCACUUGGAUUAA